AUGGACACACACUUUAGUUUACUCGAAACCAUCUUAUUCACACCUGAUCAAGGCUUUUAUUUAAUACAAGAACAUCUCAACAGACUGCAACAUGCUAUUGAUGACUUUCGACAAUUAGAUGCCUCUUUGUUUCCUAAUGCACCUUCAUCUCAAUACAUUCUUGAUCAACUUGAACAAAAAGUAUCUUACAAUCAAGGCUAUCAACGUGUUCGAUUGUUGAUAGACACAUCAUCAAGUGUUACUGUUGAAAGUACAUCCUUACCUACUUGUUCUGUUUUUUAUCAUUCUCUUGAUCAAGCAGCAAAAGCAAACCCUUCUUUUUCAAUUAUAUUAGACAUUCAGCCUUUUGAUGUGUCUACUGAUGAUCCCUUCAUUUUGCAUAAGACAACACAUCGUGUCGUGUAUGAACAAGCAAGAGCAAGAACUCAAUGCUCAUAUCAUCCUGUUGAUCAAGAACCCUUUGAUGUUGUGUUGUAUAACAAACAAAACCAGAUUACUGAAACAAGUAUUGCUAAUUUGGCUAUUGGAUAUCCUAGUACAAAUGGCUAUGUUUACAAGACACCACCUAUUUCAUGUGGCUUAUUAUCUGGUGUUUUUCGUUCAUUUUUAAUCAAACAAGGCUUACAGGAGCAAGUCAUGACAGUAGAUGACUUGAUACAAGCACAAGAGCAUUCUUUUUAUAGGAAGGACUCCCCAUCCUUUGCUUUAAUUCAGUGA